CAUGGCACGGAGUCGAACCCGCGUUUCCUCUGCGGCUGGAUCUGCGGACGCCUCCACUGACAGCGCGCCAAGGCGUUCCUCCGUUGACAGCAUGCUCAGACACGUCCCCACUUGUGCUGAGCGCAGCACGCCCACGCGGCAACGAGCCUGCACACAAUCAGGAAUCAAAACACCUGGACUUGACGAGAAGGAGCGACAUAAAAGACCAGUGAAGCCAAAAGACCUUCGCCAGAUCGUAGCCAAUCUCCCUUGUUGUCUUCUGUGAUCGUGUCCUGCCUCACGACCUCCUCCUGGAUCUUUGCUUGCCCUCCCUGAUCCUUGACCACUGCUUAGAACCGGACAUCGUUGCCUCCCUCCAGCCCCCGACCGCUUGCCUCACUGUUGACUGCCUCUUUGCCUUCCCCCUUGGAUUCGACGAAAGAUACAUCCAACACUCAAAGACAACACCCUCUGAGAGUUGGCACAAGUCAAUGUAUGCUGCGCAGUUGCAUUUUGGUUGAUGACGCUUUUGGACGAUACGCACUGACGUCACGGAGAAAGCAGACGCAAAUUGGACAGCGGGAGGAGCCAAGGCACGGGACAGAGGCUGACGUCACUGAUCCGCCAGACUGAUAUAUCUGAGAUCUGCAACCGAAAGCCACAACAAUCACCAGGAGUCAUCACAUUCUGUUAAGGUUUCAAAUACCAGUCCAUCAAGCAGACAUGUCUUCCAGGGAUCGCCGGUCCGACGUCUACAUCAAGGCAGAACCGAGCAGUCCGGAAGGAGGCGGAGGAGGGCGAACAAGUCCCGGAGGAGCCUCCUCCGAUUCCUCCCAAAGUGGAGGUGGAGAGACCAGGGGAGACUGUACUAAGCGCUAUUCACCACCGCUUUACACACCAGCCUUGCGUUGCCACUUCAAAGACGAAAGCGGCGAUGGGGCGGAUGAGGGAUCCACUGGAAACGGAGCUGGUCGUUGCAAGUACGCCCUCAGCACGCUACCCAAGAGGCUGUGUUUGGUCUGCGGGGAUGUGGCAUCAGGCUACCACUACGGCGUGGCUUCCUGUGAAGCCUGCAAAGCCUUCUUCAAGAGAACCAUCCAAGGUAACAUUGAAUACAGCUGUCCUGCAUCGAAUGAGUGUGAGAUCACCAAAAGGCGCAGAAAGGCUUGCCAAGCAUGCCGCUUCACCAAGUGCCUCAAAGUCGGCAUGCUGAAAGAGGGAGUUCGUCUUGAUAGGGUUCGAGGUGGACGACAGAAAUACAAAAGGCGCCCUGAAGUGGAGAAUGCAACUUACCAGAGUGUUCCCCUGCCACUGACUAAGGAGAAUGAAAAGGGUUCGUCCAACAUCAUCGUGUCUCACCUGUUAGUCGCAGAGCCAGAAAAGUUAUUUGCCAUGCCUGACCCCCUCCAGCCUGACACAGCCCAGCGCACACUUACGACCCUUUGUGACCUCGCUGACCGUGAACUCGUUGUCAUCAUUGGCUGGGCCAAGCACAUUCCAGGCUUUCUGUCGCUGUCGCUGGCAGACCAGAUGUCUGUGCUACAGUCUGUUUGGCUGGAGGUGCUGGUGCUGGGUGUGGCGUACCGCUCACUUGGCUGUGAAGAUGAGGUUGUCUUUGCCGAGGAUUUUGUCCUUGAUGAGGAAAUGUCUCGUGUUGCAGGCCUGACAGAGCUAAAUGCAGCAAUUAGUCAACUCGCUCGACGUUUCCGCACCCUUAAUGUGGACCGAGAGGAGUUUGUCAUGCUAAAAGCCAUCGCGCUAACUAACUCAGACUCUGUUUACAUCGAGGAUAUGGAAGCUGUGCAGAAGCUUCGGGACCUCCUCCACCAGACCCUACUGGAGCUGGAGUGCCAGCGCCGCCCGGACGAUCCCCAGCGAGCGGGUCGGCUUCUCCUGACACUGCCGCUCCUCAGACAGACCGCCGGCCGAGCUCUGACUACAUUCUACAGCAUUAAGACGCGUGGCGGCAUACCCAUGCACAAACUAUUCUUAGAGAUGCUUGAAGCCAUGAUGGACUCUCCCUAGAGGAGAGCACAUCAGGAUGACGCAGAGACUGAGCAGUGUUUUAAUCUAGUCUUUGAAUGGAUGUGUUAUUCGAGAAAUAUUCAUGAAGAAGGGUUUUUUUUCCCCUUACACAAUGAGAGAAAUGGUUUAAAAAGAAAGACUUUGCCAGCUCUAAAGCUGUAGCCGUUGGACUUCAGGCAAGCACCCUCAAGAGCCACAAAAAGUGUGGAUAUACUAAAGAAUGCCAAGUUCUUUGCAGUGGCUUCUUUGGUGUGUUUCAUCACAGCAUCAUUCUGCAAUUGCAUAACCACUGGAGAACAUAGACGUAGCAAGAACUGACUGCAGUCAUGUGGCUUUUGAACUCAUGAAAGCCAUAACAUCCGGUAAGGACUUGAAAGUCCACUUUAGUACACAGGGUGCAUUCAUCUGCUAUAGCUUAGUGCGCCGUUAUAGGCAGUUUUUUUUUUUUUUUUUCGGACUUUCUCGCAAUAUGUUAAAAGCAAUAUAAUGACUUGAUCAUUGUCUGUCACCUUAAGAUGUGGAUAAUACAGUACGUUACAUCCUAGUUAGUAGUGUGUCUAGUUGUGUCCCCCCCACUCUCAGGACCCCAAGUACGUUAUUUUAUUCCAGCCGUAGACUGGUUUGGACUUGGGAAGAGAAAAGCUAUUAAGAAUGUGGGAAGUUGGGAACCAGAAGAGGUGCACAUUUAAAAAUUGUCCAUAAAAAUCCCCUACUUCUGUCUGUUUAAUCCUUCUGGAUUGCCAUUUUUUCUUACCCAGCUCCACUAGAUCUUACCUUGUUAUGGACCUUAGCAAUGCUGUUCCUGAAAAUGGUCUGAGGGCCAUCAUAUUAUUUAGCUGCAUUUUCUGCAGUAGGGAAAGAGUUGCUUCAAUGUGUGAUCUUUUGUGUUUGUACGUGUUACUUUAAAGCGCCUGCAAUGGGCUCAGGGGCAACUAGAAAUGCAACAUAUGCAAUGUUAUGUAUCGAAUAUUGACUUCAUACUCUACAGCUCUACUCAGCCCUCUUUAUCACGUUGUAAACUUCCAAAAUAAGGGGCUGUCAUAAGAAGCUUUUCAUUCAAUGUAUAGAAUUCCUGAAAAAAAUAUUAAUCAUUGGCCAAAAUGCCAAUAGUCACUUGAUGGUUACGGUAAAAUACCUUUUAUAAUGGAAGGUCAUUAAAGCCAGCAAAUGUGACAAUUUCAUUCAUGUUCCUUUCUAGGCUUUUUGGAUGUGUAUGAUGGAGUGAGUGAAUUUUGAGCCGGGACAUUUAAAAGAUCCCAGUCUAGGACGUUAGGAACGCUGCUUGUGUUUUACUGUAAAGCAAUGCAGUUUGAAAAGCUGACCAUCAAGACGUCAUUACAUGGAUGAAAAUGACAUGUUUGCUAUCGACUGUUUUGAUUUCAGAUCUUCUGAACUGUCCGUUUAAAUUUGGAUUUUGGAAGUCAUUAAAUAUUGUGAAAUUGGACAAAUGUCUGUUCUGUGUGAACCGAAUUUGGAAACACGUGUUUAAAAAACAUAGUCAUUUUACAUCAAAAAAUUAAAUCAUAUUAAUACUGUAUGUUUAAUGUAAGUGUUUAAGUGGAGGUCACUGAAUUCAACUACGGAUUGGACCAGGGUUCAUUUGCUGUCUUGCAGGUGCAAUGUUAAGCGUAUUUCUAGUUUUCUGUGUACAUGAAUAUAAAUUAGCAAUACAAUAAAUUACGUUGUAUAGACACUGUAUACAGUUAACUUCGCCACUUGCGGUAAAUAGCCACUAAUCAUUUAGAAGCUGAAAGCAAUGUUUGUAUUUUGACAGACGAUUUAAAUGAUUAAAUUCUAUUUUUUACUCAAUUUACUGUUUGUUGACACCACUUUAUUUUCAUGUUGUUUAUUGACUGAAUUUAUGUGUCAGUUUUGGUUUCUUUUACAGUUAGAUUUUUAAAAAGUUGUUCUGGUGUCCUUGUCUUAACAUUAAAAUCACUGUGAAUAAAAGUGAUAGUCUACUGUUUGAGCCAACAGGGAGUGGAUUAUUUGGGGAGCUUUACACCGUGAAAUAAAUAAGACAACACUAAAACCUCA